UCAUCUGAUUUAACAACAGGAAGUAUGGCGGAAUUAAACACAACAGCCCACGUUUCGGGAUAUGUUUUGGCGUCCUUAAUGUUCCACCAUUUCAACCAUAAUUCUGAUGUUGAAGGAUUUCUUCUUGGGGAAAUGAAAACUGAAGCAAAAAACAGUAUCACAGAUUCCCAGAUGGAUGGCGUUCAGGUUGAGUACAGCAUAGACAUACAAAAACACAUUCCAUGUAGUACAGUUCACAGCUUUUCUAACUAUGUUGAAAUUAAUAAGGAAGUACUGAAGAAAUUACUAUCCUGUCAUAAAGAGCAGAAUGUGAUUGGCUGGUACAGACAGAGGCGGAAUACAGAGCCGGUCAUGACCUUCCGAGAACGUCUGAUUCAUCAGAACCUACAAAAGUACCUCUCCAACCACGAGCUGGUCUUCUUAUUGAUGACUUCGAGUGCCAUCACUGAGAGCAGCUCCACACACAGUCUGGAAUAUGCAAUGUACAAACUUCAGGGAAGCUGUUUCCAUAAAGUCCCAGUUCUGGUGACCAACUUGGGGAUAGUAGACCAACAGGACUACCACGCGUCUUCUAUAACCUGUUCUUCUGUGGGUUACACACGGGUAGUAAAAAAGCUUAGGUCUAAAUACUUUAAUACAGAUGGGUCCUUGAAGGAGGUCUGUAGAAUAAAUGAAAUGAGCUCAGCACUCCAGGAGGAACUAAAGGAGACCUGCAGGAAGGUGGAGGAGAGUGAGCGAUCACUAGAGAAACUCCUGGAUGAGGUAAACAAGCUGAGGAAGACAGUAAAGGAAAAAAAGAAGCUAUGCAUGCAAACGUUUGAAGAGAAGAAAUGCAAAAAGCCAAAAACUGAUGAGAAUGUCCUCCUGUGCCAAGCCCUGCAGAAAUUAUUCCCUGAAUCAAAGACGCUUCAAACUCAAACCAUUUCACUUGAGGGAGCUGCCUUACCUGCCUACUCCUGCGGUGCAGACCAUGGAAUUGACAUUUCAGAGGUACUGCCUCUGCUACUCACUGACAAGAGGGAGAAUUGUGAGAGUGACACUGAAAGGCAACUGGAAGAAAGCGGAUCAGAGACUGAGGAGGACCUGCUGGAUCCCCUGAAAAGACAGGUGGCCUCCUCACACUCCCCAACCUUCUAAGCUUCUGCUGGAACGAGAUACCAUGGGUGCUAUUCAUAAAUAAAUUAUUCUCGUGAGUUAUUUAAAUCGUGUUUUAUAUCAAAACUAUGUUUUGUUCAUAAAAAAAAAAAAAAACUUAGAAAAAAACAUUAUUUUAAUAACUCAUGAUUUAAAGCUGAAAAAGGCCCGUUAUAUGUUGCCGGGCACUUUUUUUUUUUUUAAUUAUCACUGUGUCGUCCAUUACUAAAAUAAAAUAUGUGUAGUUUUACAAAGCAACCUGAAACUUGGUAGAAAGUCAGAAAGAACCAAAGUUCAGAUCCCUAUUGAAGUUUCUAAAUGGCACAAAUUGAUAGGUUGAUGCACUUGUUAUAGUGGCAUUAGGUUAAUGACUCUUUAACCUAGUUCCCUCAGAUUACUAGCUCUUAAUUUUUGUCAGUUAUUGGUUGACACAUUCCCAUCUGCCCCGUGAGUUCAGUCUGUUAAACUCAGUCAUCUGCUGCCAGUUCCAUCUGCAGUCUACAGUCAAUCUGCAACUGGACAUUUUACACAAAACUUGAAGAUCACCUGUUUUGUUGUUAAUGAAUGAGCCUACAUGUAAUUGUUGUCAGAGUGAUAUAUUUCCAAUAUUCCCUGUUCAGCCAACAUUUUAUUCCUGCAGUUGGAGUUUUCAAUCCUGCCUCUUGCAUCCAUCGCAUUGGACACUCGUUAGGUAACUUCCAUUAUCAGUGCGAGUUGGAGAGAUUUGAGUUCUGCCAGCCCCAGUUCUAACUAGGGCUGAGAGUCACAAUGUAAAUGCUGCUGAUGGAAAUGAGUGAGUCUGAUUUGAGUUCAGCCCCAGUGGCAGAUAAAAUGUGACAUUUCUCUUGAAAAUGUUAGCAAACUGUUAAUGUGCCAUGUUGUUGUAUUGUUCUUAUUAUUAAAGAGUAAACAAACUUCAAAUUAUA